ACAAGGCAACAGCAACAAUUCUUCUUCACUCUCUCUCUCUUCUUACAACUGUUUCAUGCAAAACCAUUUCUAGGGUUUUCGGUUUUCUCCGUUCACUCUUUCGAUUCCACAACCACAGUGCUCCGAUACCUCUUCGCCAUGGCAUUUCCAACCAAGAAACUCAUCAACGACCCCAAUGAUGUCGUGAUUGAGUUCAUUGAAGGUCUUGUGGAGACGUAUCCUGGGCUACAGUAUUUAGAUGGCUUUCCUCAGGUGAAGGUUGUGUUACGUGCAGAUGUUUCAUGUGGAACAUACGAUAAAGUUGCAGUCAUAUCAGGGGGAGGAAGUGGCCAUGAGCCUGCUCAUGCUGGAUAUGUGGGAGAAGGAAUGCUGACUGCAGCCAUUUGUGGAGAUAUUUUUGCUUCUCCACCGGUUGAUUCAAUUCUAGCUGGGAUACGAGCUGUAACUGGUCCUAUGGGAUGUCUUCUGAUUGUAAAGAACUAUACUGGUGAUCGUUUGAACUUUGGUUUGGCUGCUGAGCAAGCAAAAUCUGAAGGUUAUAAAGUAGAGACUGUCAUUGUUGGGGAUGAUUGUGCACUACCUCCACCUCGAGGGAUUGCUGGAAGAAGAGGUUUGGCAGGGACUAUUCUGGUUCAUAAGGUUGCAGGAGCUGCUGCUGCUGCUGGUCUUUCUCUAGCUGAUGUUGCUGCAGAAGCAAAACAUGCAUCUGAAAUGGUGGGGACAAUGGGUGUUGCUUUAACUGUGUGCACACUUCCUGGACAGGUUACGUCAGAUCGUUUGGGGCCAGGAAAGAUGGAACUGGGUCUUGGAAUUCAUGGAGAACCUGGUGCUGCUGUAGCUGAUAUUCAGCCUGUAGAUGUGGUGGUUUCUCAUGUUAUGAAUCAGAUAUUGUCCCCGGAAACAAACUAUGUUCCAAUAACUCGAGGUGGUAGAGUGGUCCUCAUGGUCAAUGGGUUAGGUGGCACCCCUAUAAUGGAACUAAUGAUUGCAGUAGGAAAAGCAGUUCCAAAAUUGCAGCUAGAGCAUGGACUGGCUGUUGAUAGAGUUUAUACAGGAUCAUUUAUGACUUCUCUAGAUAUGGCAGGUUUCUCAAUCUCUAUCAUGAGGGCUGAUCCGCUUAUUCUUCAACGAUUAGAUGCUGCAACUAAAGCUCCUUAUUGGCCGGUUGGCGUUGAUGGUAAUCACCCGCCUACUAAGAUUCCUGUUCCAAUUCCACCAUCUCCAACAGCAAAGAGUGAUGAGCCUCAAAGUCGGCCACUACAACUAAAUGAGCAAGGCCAAGUACUUGAGGCAGUCAUUGAUGCUGCUGCAAAUGCAAUUUUAAAUCUCAAGGACAGUCUAAAUGAAUGGGACAGUAAAGUUGGUGAUGGUGACUGUGGAUCAACUAUGUGUAGAGGUGCAAAAGCAAUUCUUGAUGACAUCAAAAAGUAUUACCCUCUGAAUGAUGCUGCAGAAACUGUCGGUGAAAUUGGAUUAUCAAUUGGAAGAGCUAUGGGAGGAACAAGUGGGAUCAUAUAUACUAUAUUUUGCAAGGCAGCAUAUACACAGCUGAAAGCAAACUCCCAUAAUGGUGUCACAGCAAAACAAUGGGCUGAAGCACUUGCGGCUUCCAUUGCUGCUGUAAGUAAAUAUGGGGGCGCUAGUGCUGGCUAUAGAACAUUGCUAGAUGCACUUAUUCCAGCAUUAUCAGCUCUUGAAGAGUCAUUGAAGUCUGGUGAUGAUCCUUCCACUGCUUUUGUUCUCUCUUCUGAAGCUGCAUUAGCAGGAGCUGAGUCAACCAAGAACAUGAAAGCACAGGCUGGGCGUUCAACUUACGUGUCUGCGGAGAUUCUUUCAUCAGUUCCUGACCCUGGUGCAAUGGCUGCUGCGUCAUGGUACAGAGCUGCGGCCUUAGUUGUCAAGGAGAAAUACAACAGUUGAUCUACAUUAUAUGGCUUUUCAGGCAAACUCCAGUUUGGGCGGAUUUAACCAAGUUUUGUUCCUGAUUUUGUACCCCUGUAACCAUUUUUGGCUCUCCGCUUAUGUCUUCUCUGCAUAAAGCUGAGAGAGCCAUUACCAUAUACGCCAAAUUUUAAAGUGGAUGUAAAUUUGAAUACUUGAUUACAAUCGACAAUAAUAUCCAUCUCAAUUUGAGCUUGUGAUUGUAAUUUUCAUGAUUGGUUUAUUGAUUCUUAUGAGUUCAAUUUUAAUGUAGUCUAACUC